CCAGCUCUAAUACGCUCGUACCGUGGUGAAUUUAUUUUGUUAUGCCGGGUGUCGUUUAAAUGGAAGAAUCAACGGCAACCAAUCACAGUAUAAGCAUGGAUGAAGAUCCAUCGGCUUCAUCACUGCUCAAUCAGAAUUUAAGCAUCAACAGCAGCAUGGAUAUGUCCAUUUCCAUGUUUCAAGCGCCGGCAAAGGAAACUACUGGCUCUGAACAAGAAUCCCUGGCACUAUCAAGUCUCAGUUUCAGUCUGACAGAUGCAGAGCGUCUUAAACUAAAAAACUAUCCAAACUCGGCACUAAAUCGUCCGUCUUCUCGCAGUGUUCUAAAAGAAAUGUCGCUGAAUGAGCUUGAAAAGAGCAGCAGCAGCCGCCAAGAGAACGAUACCACCAUGGAGGACGAGUCAACUAUGGAAGAGAGCUCGCAAGUUAUCAGCAUCGAUGACACCAUAGAUGUGGCACCAAACAAUACCACUGAGAAGGAAUAUGAGAAUAAUGCGACUCUAGAGCCUGAAAUCGAUCCGGAUGAACAGAUGUUGCCAUUGGUAUUGGAAUAUUUUAGGAACGAUAUUAUCGAAUUGGGUCGGCGAUGCUGGACCUCAUCCGCAUACGAACAGCACUAUACCAAAGGAUGCUUUUGGUCACCCGAUGGCACUUGUCUGCUGGUGCCCAUCCAUCGGGAUGGCAUGCAUGUAAUGGAAUUGCCCACAGAUCUAUAUGGAGCAGCAAGUGUAACGUCUAAGCGUAAUCUAAGUAAAAUGCAUUCGGCUGUCCACAUACCAGAGGGGGGAACAGUUUAUGAUUGCGUUUGGUAUCCUCAAAUGAAUAGUCAACAACCAGAAACAUGCUGUUGGCUAGCGACACGUCAGCAUGAGCCCAUUAAUAUGUGGGACGCCUUCGAUGGCAGUCUACGCUGCAGCUACAUGGGCUACGAUGAGGUGGACGAGGUGGUCGCAGCUAUUUCUUUGGCCUUCUCCCAGGAUGCAGAGAAAAUUUAUGCAGGCUAUAAGCGAUCCAUUAAAAUCUUUGAUACCAACAGACCUGGUCGCACUUACGAUAAUUAUCCAGUGAAGUUUUCCAUAUCCUCCAUUGCCCAGACCACCGAGCAUCGAAAUACUCUAACCUGUGGCAAUUGGCAUGGUUAUAUACAGCAUUUUGAUCUACGCUGCGGACCGAAGCAGGGUCCUCUCUUCACUUUGGGUGGCCACAAGGCUGGUGUUACUCAACUAAAGUAUGCUCCCGGCAGUUCUGGUGAUUGGUAUUUGUUCAGCGGUGCCCGCAAGUGUCCCAAAUUGCUACACUGGGAUAUGAGGAACUAUAAUAAACCCUUGAGGGAAUUUAAACGUCAAGUUGAUACAAAUCAACGCAUUCAAUUUGAUUUGAAUGAGCAACACUCAUGGUUGGCUAGUGGAGAUACACGUGGAGUUCUUAAUCUCUGGCAUCUAUCGGAUGAGAAGAGUGAGAAGCGAUCCAUGUCCUUGCCUUUGCAUGACGAUUGCCUCAAUGGCAUUGGUUUUCAUCCCCAUUUACCCAUUCUGGCAACAAGUUCAGGCCAAUAUCAUUUCCUUGACACUGAAAGUCGUGAUAAUGAAACCCUCUUAAAUGCAACGGCUAAUGGCAACGAGUUGAAAGAAGAGCAUAAUCCAACCCCUCAGGUUGUGGAUUAUGAGAAUGCUGUACUAUUGCUAUGGUGCGGGCCAUCUCAGGAAUAACAAGUUCAAGGCUCUUACAUUAUUGUUUUUGUUUGAAUAUUUUAAAACUAGUUGAUAAGUGUACAAAAACCAUUAAUUAGUUGUUUAACCAACUUUUUAUAACAAAUACCUCCUAGAAUUAAUGAAUACUUUCCAUUGAA